AUGAAUAUAUGUCCAUUACCAGAUUGUAGAAAGAUUGUUGAUAUCUUAGAACUUCCUUCUAUUGUGCAUGAUUCAACAGGAAUUUCAGCUUUAUCCAACGUGAUGAGUGAAGAGUUUGUCCUAUCUUCACCACCUAUACGAAUGGAAGGGAUUGAGGAUACAGCAACUCAACGGGCUAAAAGUUAUUUAAGAUGCGCAAAAUGCUCUGAAGAGCUCUCUUCAUGUCUUCCUUCUCUAAGCUUUCAUUCUAUCUCUUCUAAUGCACCCACUAAACCACUCUUGUGUCCUAUAUGCCCAUCAGCCGAAGAUUUGGAACUGUUUCCAGUAGAACAGGCUUCAAGAACCGCCCAGAAAAAAUGCACUAGUGACUUACCAGAAUCUACCGAAAAAUCCUCAGCUAAAAAACAGAAGUUAACAAUUGCAUCGAGUACCACUGAUACGCAACCUUCAAUCGCAGACCUGGGGAAUCUUACUGAAUUGUAUAACGGCUCAAGACCAAAAUAG